AUGGCGCCUCACGGUGACCAGCAACCGUCGUCGUCGUCGGGUGGCAUUCGCAUCGCAGGAGCCGCCAGUCGCGCCCAGGCACCUGGCACACAGCCCGAGCCGCCCAAAGCCUCCGCGGGUAUCCACAGCUUCAGGCCGCAGCCAGCCGCUCUCCCUGCCCAGCCUAUCGACCGUCCAUCGCGCCCAGGUCCUCCGUCGUCCAACGGCAACAACCGCAACGGACGUCAUCAGGCGCCACACAAGGAUCAACCUAGCACAGCUGCUCGCCCGMCCGCCUCGUCGCUGGAUGACGACGACGACGAAGAGGGCGCCAUCGCAGACCCAGCCGAUUCGCGCCCGCGUCAGUCUCAGUCUCGCUCAGAUCGCCCAGCCUCGCCAUCAUCAUGGCGUCCGCCACCUCCAAAGACACCGCCGCACCCAGCAUCAGUCGACCAGAGAAGCAACCAGCGCUCCAACGAUGCCAGUCGAAACAACAACUCGGUGCGUGAGCCACAUCGCCCGUACGAAUUGCGCUCUCCCUCACCACCACGUGCACCGUCUCGUCCGUCUGAAUCGUCUUCCACGCAUUCCGCCAACAAUGCUUCAUCCUCGGCGAGGUAUGUUCCGCGAAGCCCUUCGCCGCGCGGCAGAGAUGCUGCCUCCCGUCCCUCCAGCGAUCGCCCAGAUGCGCGCAAUCAGCGUCAGCCUCACGACGCCGAUCCUAGCCAUGGGUGGGACCGCGAUUGGGACCGCGACAAGACUCGCGAAUCCGAUCCUAGCCGUGGGAGGGAGCGCGAGUGGGGCCGCGACAAGACUCAUGAAGCCGACCCGAGCCGCGGAUGGGACCGCGAGCUGGAUCGCGACAAGAUGAGGCCACACGAGUCGGCGCGACCUUGGGGACAGGAACGCCGCCCAGAGAGGCAGUGGGGUGCAGCGCCGCGCGUACCGAGGCAGAACGAUCGCGACUACGAAACACGAAGGCACGAUGCAGACUUCGGCAGGGAUGGGCGCAGGAACAUGGACGCGGACCGCAACCGCGACCACGACCGCGGCUACAGCCGUCCCUGGGGCGGUGGCGAUCGCGAUCGGAACAGGCACCAUGAUGACACGCGCCCCAGAAACGGCGGCAGAGACAGGGAGCUCUCUCCCGCUGCACCUGCCCGCGACAAGCAGCAGUUCCGAGGAUGGUCUCCGACGCCGCCGCACACCAAGCCCGAGGCUCAGCCUGUCGACGCGCCACCGCGCGAGAACGGGCAGCGCCAAGCAGACGCUUUUGCCAACCGCCCGCCCUCGAGGAUGGGCAGAGACAAGCCGCCGCCGUCGUUCUCGCGUCCGGAAUCGACGUCCGGCCAGCCAGCCGACAACGAACGCCCGCCCAAGCGUCCGGCUUCGCCUGCGCAUCGCUCGCCGCCCGCCGGUCUGCUCAAGCGCAAGCCCAACUUCAGCGCAGUCGUACCGCCCACCUUGAUCUCGCCGCCGGGCAACACUUCAUCCGCUCCAGACUCGGGUGGCAGCACCAACGUCGCUCCAGGUGCGCCUAUCCAUCCCAAGGUCAACACGAUGGAGUCGCCCGUCAUGCCUGGCGCCGCCGCCUCCCGGCUGGGCUCCGAGUCGCUUGUAAACAGCCGUCCGGGCUCGGCAAUGCCCACGGCUCUGGGUGGAGGUGUCGGCGUCGCGGCCACGACAUCGUCCUCCGCUGCGUCUGCCGCUGCUCCGACCGAUGCCCACUUCAUCACGGUUGUCGAUGCGCUCGAUGACACCGACUGUGCGUCUGUGCGGCUGUCGAGUCUGCCGCGCAAGCUGCCGGACGUGCCAAUGUCUGGCCGUGAGCGGCGCAAGGCGCGUGCGCCACCGGUGCCGCUCAACCAACGCAAGUUCGUCGGCUGCUCGUCGCUCGACGACUACGAGAUCUCGAUCAAGCUCGGGCAGGGCACGUUCGGUGAGGUGCUCAAAGGGCGCCAGAUCCGCACGGGCGUGCAGGUCGCACUGAAAAAAGUUACCAUCCACGACGCCAAGGACGGCCUGCCCAUCACGGCGCUGCGCGAGAUCAAGCUGCUCAAGAAGCUCAACCAUCCGAGCAUCGUGCCGGUCAUCGACAUGGCGUAUCGGCCCUCGGGCGAGCGCGGCAAGCUCGGCGACGUGUACAUGGUGGAGCCGUACAUGGACCACGAUCUGAACGGCAUGCUCGAGAAUCCGAGCAUCCGGCUCGAGGUGUGCCAGAUCAAGCUGUACAUGAAGCAGCUGCUCGAGGGCACGCUGUACCUGCACAAGAACCGCAUCCUGCAUCGCGACAUGAAGGCGGCCAAUCUGCUCAUCAACAACAGCGGCCAGCUUCAGAUCGCCGACUUUGGCCUCGCACGGCCGUACCGCGAUCCGGGCCAGUCCUGGACGGGCAAGGGAUGGACGGGCGGUACGCACCGCUACACCAACAUGGUCGUCACGCGCUGGUACCGUCCACCCGAGCUGCUCGCGGGCGAGAAGAAGUACGGUCCGCCCAUCGACAUGUGGGGCAUCGGCUGCAUCCUCGCCGAGAUGAUCAUGGGCAAGCCGCUCUUCAAGGGCACCUCGGAAAUCAACCAGCUCGAGCUCAUCGCCAAGCUGUGCGGCUCGCCGGACGAGUCCAGCUUCCCGGGCUGGAAGUCGCUCCCGGGCGUCAAGGAUGCCGAUCCGACCGGCAGGCCCGAUCCGCAUCCCGAGGUGCCCGGCCAGCACGACUUUGGCUCGUACCCAAGAAGGAUCAAGGAGCAGUUCCGCGGCAUGUACGAUGCAGGGCCGGGGUGUGCAGAUCUGAUCGAUAAGCUGCUCGUGCUCGAUCCGACCAAGCGGCUCACGGCGCAGCAGGCGCUCGCGCACGAGUGGUUCUGGACCAAACCGUUCCCUGCCGACCCGACCAGCUUGCCAAAGUACGAACACUCCAAGGAGAUCGACCGUGCGCGCAGGGAGUGGAAGCCUGCGCCCGCGCCGGCGCCUGCACCUGCACCUGCACCUGCACCCGCCGCGAUGCAGACAUCCAUGGCUUCCGGCGGUAUGGUCACCAACGCGCAGCGUGCGCCGCACAUGCCACCUGCCAUGCAGCACGCCAGGCCGUAUGGCCGCGGCCCGUACGUGCCAGCCGUAAAUGGAGCGGCGCCACUCAAUGCGUGGGAUGCACCACAACCGAGCACCUACGCACAACAGCGUCCCAUGGCGCCACAGGGCGGCUUCCAGCCCCGCCCGCCUCCAGCACGCCAUCCGUACCCGGAUCCGCACGCACGCUACCCGCACCCGGGCCAGCAACGUCCGCCUCCACCUCACCAUGUGCCUCCGCCUCCUCGCGCUGCGAAUCUCCCUGCGCGACCGAACUACCCUCCGCGCGGCGCACAAAACCCCUACUCCUAA